GGUAGAGAGUGGGUGGAUCCAACAGGCCGUAAACCACUUUUAAGUGAUAUGGGGCUGGGAGGUACUAUAAUCAGAUUUUGCUAGGUCAUACUUGGAGUGGAUCUGCAGAAGAUCUCAUCAUCGAGAAAUGCAACGCCAUGUCCUCUGCAUUCUUGUGCUGGGUGCGUCAUCGGUGAGAAUGUCAGAUCCGCAGCAAUGCAACUGUGAAGAGAAAGUGCCAGCCUGCACGGUUAUUCAUGGAAGCAAUGGAUUGCCGGGCAUCCCUGGGAGCAAUGGACUGCCAGGAAGAGAUGGGAAGGAAGGUCCUCAAGGCGAAAAAGGAGAGCAAGGUUUACGAGGAAUGCAGGGACCCCCAGGAAAAGCCGGGCCUCCUGGCCUUAAAGGGGAAAGUGGUCAGAAAGGUGACUGUGGAGGGAAAGAACUUGAACUGCUAAAAACUCAAAUUAGUGAUUUACAAGGAGAGCUGAAGGCUUUGCAGCUGACUGCAAGCAAAACCCAGAAAGCCAUUCUAGGUUACAUUUUCUCAAACAGCACAAAAGUAGGAGGAAAACUAUUUGUGACUAACGGCGAUGACGGUGAUUAUGAGGCUUCAAAAGUGACGUGUAACCAUUUUGGUGGCCAGGUUGCUUCUCCAAGGAAUGAAAAUGAAAACAACGCUGCACUGAAACUCUCUGCAAAAAUGGGAAGAAAAGUAUUUUUUGGAAUGAAUGACCAGGAGACAGAAGGCAUCUUCAAGCAUCUUAAUGGUGAAACAAUGGAAUAUUCAAACUGGGCACCAAAAGAACCCAAUGGGGUGGAAGAGGACUGCAUAGAAUUGUAUCCAGAUGGCAAAUGGAAUGACAUCUCAUGCAAUGUGGCUCGGUUAAUAAUGUGCGAAUUUUGAUCUGUCUUUAUGGGUGUUUAUAGACAUAUUAAAGCAGAAUUCAAAAAUC